AAUCCUGCAAUUAAUUUUUCCGAAUCAUACCGUGACCGUAACCAUUGUCUAAUGUUUAGUCAUUUGACGAUAUUAAUGUAAAAUGUGCGCAAAAAUAACCUAAGCGGCAAAUGAAAACUAUCUAAUCGUAGUAUAUAAGGAAAUUGCACCUAACCAUUUCUCAAACAAGAUCGUGGCUGAUUCAACCACAGCAAAAAUUUGCUCCGAUUUCCUCUUAAUUGAGAUUAAACAGAAUUUAAUGGAAAAUAUUUUAAAAUUUUAGUUACAAAUAGCAUUUGAUGAGGGUCUUUUGGAUGUCCUGAUGGUUAGAGUAGCUAGUGGAAUAAAGACUAAAAAAUAUCUCUUGAUAUUAACUGUGCUAUGUGCCUUUGUAUUGAUAGAAGGCCAAAAGCCAAAGAGGUGCCCUAGUCCAUGGCGAACUUUUCGGAGUGUAUGCUUUCUCUUUGCUGACAAUAAUAACCAGAAGUUUGAAGACGCACAAUCAAUAUGUUUCAAACAAGGUGGCUUUUUAGCAAGCAUCAGAAGCAGUCAAGAACAAGGGUUUCUAAUAAAGACCAUCCAAGGUAUGGGAUCAUCUUUGCAAAGAGUGCGGUGGUUGAUUGGAUUGUACCAAUAUGAUCCUACAGACAAUAAAGCUUACAGGUGGUUAGAUGGGAGUGUGUCAAACUUUCGGAAUUGGAUGCCAACGCAACCGAACUCUGUUUAUGAACGAUGCGCGUUAUUAGAUGGCAGCAACGGCUAUAAAUGGCGAGAUGAAAUUUGCUCAAAUAGAGCUCUUUUUAUUUGCAGAAAAGAUUUGGAUAAAGAGGGCUCUAUGAACUGUUUUAAAGGUCACCCACCAAGUAAUCAGAUCCUGGAAAAGAAAGGAAUUAGCGUUACAGAAUGCUUAGAGCACUGUCGUGGCCUUGGAUUUCCCUUGGCAGGUACCAUACCAGAUAAAUGCUUCUGUCUACAGAAGGAUAAUCUUAACAAUUUGCCGAUUGCCGAAAGGAUGGAAUGUAACGGAAUUUGCCAGAAUCAACAUUGUGGCAACAAGGACUUCGUUACAAUCUAUAACCUAACUUUUUACUCAGAUACUGCUGAAUCUUGCGAAGAUCUUUCCCAACUUGGUCUUUCGAACCCUAGUACUUACGUCACUAAAUCAGGAGAGGAAGAGAAGCUCCAAAACUGUUUCAGUGAUGGUAUAUUUUAUGUGCUAUUAUGUAUAACAUGAGAUCUUUUAUUUAAAACGAUAUCAGAAAACAUCAUGACAGCUUCUAAUGCAACAUUUUAAUUUCAUUUUAAACAUAAAUUCUAAUUAACACCAUGAUAAAUUAAUAAUCAAUUUUGAAUGAAUAUAAAUAUUGUUUUUUUUUCUGCUUGAAAUUGCAUUUCAAAACUUGAAUAAACUGAAUCACAUGAAAUUUAUGUGUUUUCAAAACCUUAACUAAAUAGAUAUAUUUCAUGCACUUAAAAGUAAGUAUAUAUUAUUCUUGAAAGUUAACAAAUUUUGUAUGUCUUUUACGUCUUUGCAAUUUUUUUAAAGUUUUUUUCAGGUAUUCUUCCAUUGAUGGGCUACAUCUGCUAGAGAAUCCUUUCUUGUUCCUAAGUUUACUUCAUACUAAGUAAGAUUAUAUUGAAUUUCU